GCCUGACCAGUCUGAGAGUUCCGAGCGCGCGCUUUCUUGUGCCUUUUUCCUUGACUGUCGCCCCCUGGGCAAAGGCUUUGCGGUGUUAGAGGCGGCCGGAGGCGUGCUUUCCCGCGAGGAUUUGCGUCGUGGUGCUGGUCUCCCCGAGAUUCCUGGCUGGCGCCUUGUUGUCAGUGGAGGUAGGCGAUGCAGGCGAGGCUUCGAGGUCCGCUGUGGUGAGACCCUUGUUCUGACUGUGGUCCCUUUGCCGCCUGGCGUUGCCAGCUUCAGUCUCGACGUUCUGUCUGAGUCCGAGUCCUCCGCUUGGGGAUCGGCUGAGGAAGACGUUGGGGAUCAGGGUGAAGUUGGGCAUCUACCUGCCCCUUUCCACCGCAUUGGGGAAGAUCCUCCGCAGACGGAAGGCCCGAUUGCCCCACCUGACGAUGCUGAGUCGGACGAGGAGUCUAGCAGCGUCUGGCACCCCACCUUUCUGGUGUUUGCACUGAAUACUGUUCCUGAAGAAGUCCAGUUGACCUUGCAUGCACCAUGUGGCCUUGAUACAGCACGCUCAGCCAUUGGGGAGGCUAUGUCUGCCGGCCGUAGCCGUUACUACCCAUAUCUGCUCUUCGCAGACCCGCAGCCGACGCAAUACUGGGGAGCUGCCGUCUCUUUGCCACAAUGGGCUAAGAACGAACCAGCUGUCUUGCUCAACCUUUUAGACUUCGACGACAGAUGUUUUCUGGUGACACUCGCCAAUCCAUUCACCAAAAACCACGUGCUCCGCGCAGCUGGCCUGCCACCGGGAGCAAAUGUCGACGUCUUUCCUUCCCGAGAGCACAUUCCGAUGGGGCCGGACAGGGAAUGCAGCCUGGUUGUGGGCGGGACCGUCUCGGUAAUGAGGCCAGGGGCUCGCUUUAUAGUCCAAGGAUUCUCGAUCUGGACGAUGCUUGUGUCCCCCCAUUGUUGGGACCCGAACCCUCGGAUCCCUGCGCCUCCGGGCGGCCACAGAGCUCUGGUUGUACAAGACUCCGCUUUCGGUUACAUGUCCACCGAUGCCGACGACAUGCACCUUAGGGACGCUGUCCUUAGGGAACAUGGCAUCCCGCCAAGGCAGGCGCACUUCGCUAUGGGGGUCCCCACCCCCACCGAUAUCCAGUAUCUUGGCCUAUACUGCGAGAGACUUUGUGCCUUUGCCGUUGCUAAUGCCACGACUGCACAGCUGGAUGCCUCCCCUUGUGUCACCAUACUUGAUUGCCGGCCUCUGCUACAAGGCUGGGCCCUCUGGCUCACCGACGGGCCCCGCGUCUCCUAUGCCGAGCUUGUAGACUGGUUGGACACCUUCGCACCUGAGGGUUGGAUACCGCAAGUUGAAGGUGCCGAGAUAAACAACUCUACGGGAAUGCUCGAAGUUCAUGACGGAUGUGUACUGGUUGCGGAGUAUGCUCCCUCCUCGUCUGCCGACUUCCUUUCGAGCUCAUCUGAUCGUCCGAACGCUCGGAUCCCGGAGGCCGCAGAGGAAUCUGACUCGGAGGGGCCUUCCGACCACAGCGAUGGCAGCCAGGCAAUGGCCCAAGGUGCCAACGCCUCCCGCAGCAGGUCGCCCAGGCGAGGUUUCUCGCGGAGCAGUGGACGCUCCACUGGUGAGUGCCGGCACUUGUCCUACCUGCGUCUCCUUACCGGCUUGCUGGGAGGCCGGUGGCACUAUGAUGCUGCCCUGGGGCCACAGCGGGGUGCACCGCUCUUUGCCACGCCGCCUGAGCUCUCCUCUGAGGAAGAGGACGAGGUUUUCCUCCGUCUCGGUUGCGCAGUCCUUAAGGUUGGCUACAGGCCUGAGUGCUUGUCUGUGGCUUUUCGGAUACCUGCUGCCGAGGAUGAUCUCGCGUUCACAAUUCAGGCCUCCCGUAGCCACUCUUAUAGGCGACUGUUUUCCAACAUUGCGCCAAUUUUGCCCCAGCCGAUCCCCGGCACUGCCAUCUUCAUUGCAACUCCGUCUUGGAGCUCAGACCUUCAUGCGGUCUGUUUCUCCACUGCGAGCCUCGAUGGCAGAGUUUUCGUUACCCACGCUCCAGAUUAUGUUUCCAGGCACGAACUGUUGUGGCUAGCCCACCUGGAUGGCACACUGGAAGUUGACAUCUACGUGGGCACAGAUAAUGACCCACUGGUCGGCGAACACCCUGUUCAUUUGUUCCCAGCUGCCUUGGUUACCUUCGUUGCCCGAGGCUCCGUGCCGCCGCCCCGCCGGACCCUGUGGGAGUUCUUGCUCAGCCCUGAUGGUUGGUCCCCCGACCCGCAACUCCCGGAAGUACAGGCAGGCGAUGCCUACUGUGUUGUGCAGCCUGGCGCUUCCUUCCUACACUUUUCGCCACAGGAGCCUACACAGUAUCGUGCAGCAAUCGCCCGGGCCACAGGUUUCGAUCUUAGAACGCUGCGGAUACAGGCGGCGCAGCCGAUUGUUGGCCUGAACAUGUGCUUGUCCGGGUACCUGUGCCGGUUACUCCGGCCGAAGCCUUCGGCUUUGUUGCCCAAGCCAGGGAUGCCGAAGCCCAUGGAAAGCGGCCGGAUCAUUGAGGUUCACCCCCAACCACGCACAGGCCAGGCUUAUGCCAUUGCACUUCCGAUGUGGUGGUACGAUGGGGCUGCCGUCCUCAUUGAUAGCCGUUUCCCGCACGGCCACAUCUUUUCCAUUGUCUUGCCUCGGGUCAUUAGGCGUGAUGGUCUGCUUGCCAUGCUUGGGCUCGACCCUUCUUCUGUGGCUCGUAUCUUUAUCCGGGACAUGCCAUGGCCUUUGCAGGAUGGUGAUCAGGUCGACCUCUCCGAGGGCGACCUGAUUACGGUCUUGGACUCCGUGGAGCCUUUUGACCAGCUUUCUCCCUUAGCCUCCUUGUUGAGACGACCCCGUUCCUGGGAGGCUUUCCCCGAGCUCAGUGGCGCGCAGUACAAUGUAUCGUGGAUUCUGUCUGAUGGCCCGGUGGCAGCUGCGCAGGUUGACCGUGAUCUUUUUGCGUCCAGCAGUUCAGGGGCUGCUGCAUCCCUGCAGCUCACCGAUGGCCUUUUCACGCUUGUCCCGACUGCUCCAGACAUCUAUGACCACGCCUGGCAUGGUGUGCUGUCGCAUGGUGUCCUGAUUGCGUGCCAGACGCAAGACUUCACGCCGUACGGCCCGCAUGACCGAGUGCCCUUCGUACUGGACUUACGACCAAUCCUCCUCCCUCUUGGUUGGUCGUACGCCGAAGAUGGCCUCCUUGAUGUUGCAGCUAUAUGCGGGCGGCUAGUCCAUAGAUGCCCGCGCGGCUUCCACAUAAGGCUUUACGGGGGACGCUUUAUUGAUGGGGGCAAUCACUUUCGCCGUGUUGAUGUUGGGGAGGUACUCUCUGUUGAAUUUCAGCCCGACUAUUUGCAUGGCGUGCGCAUCCAAGAGCCCGCCUCUGCUGCACAAGCAGUCAUCGCCGACCCAUCUGAAUCCGAGCCUGAUGGCGGCGGCGAUCCUGCUUCAUCAUCCACCUCAUCGCGUGCUGACGCAGGCACCGGGGCAACCCAGAGGUGGGCGAGGCCGUGCCUGCGCACCACUCCCUUUUCUUCCGCUGCUGCCAUUCUGAUGUGCACGUGGGGCUGGGGCCUUUAUGCUUAUGUGUCUCAUGAGGGAGUACUGAGUGAACACUCCUUUGCGUGUACCAACGGAGAAGCCGAGGCCGUUGGUUGCGGGCUGCGUCCACAAGCUUGCGCUGCCCUGCUGUCGGGUAUACCUACGCCUGCGCGCUCAAACACUGUCCCGACUGUUCUCUGUGAAGGGAACCAGCCCGGACCCUCCGCUGACAGUGUGGCCGUUGACGACGAGAGUGCCUCUGCCGAGGACCCCACCGAUGUCCUGAGCACUCUGCUUGAGGAGAGCGUCGCGAAUAUGGCAGGCUACCCCUUCUACUGGGCGGCUUCUCGCCUCGAGACCCUUGUAGAAGACAGGGUGUCUCGAUGUGCCAUAUGGGAAUCCUCCGCUCUGGGUGGUCCCGGAGAGGACGCUCCGCCUUCUCCGCGACCCUUGUCACUUGAAGCAUUGCUCCCCCUGCCUGGUCUCGUCUUGCCCCCUGUCGAGCCUGCAGUUGGGCUUGUUGACUUUGCUGGCAUGGGGGUUCCGCGCGGCCCUCUUUUUCUGGAGGGAGUGCCACUCGGCUUCACGGCUGAACAAGCCUCGCUCUUCUUGCAGCCAGAUGUCCGCUUUGGAACCUUGUCGGACUUGGCGCAAAUCUUGUCUCCUGAUGAGCGGCACCGCCUGGCGCGCAUUAUGCCUGCCCCUUCUGCGCACUCGGCCAUUCAUUGUUUUGCGGACGGAUCCUUCACUCCGGCUGGUGGGGGCGUGCCUUGCCUGCUUGGGUGGGCGGUUGCUUUCCUCGACCCGGCCACGUGCGGACUGAGUAUCGUCUCUGGAGGUGCGCCGCCGUGGUAUGACAGGUGCAAGGUUCAGCCCUCCGCUUUUGUUUCCGAGCGCUUUGCCCUUACCGCCGCGGUCUGGAUCGGGAGCACUGCCUUCGGAGCGCGGGAGGUCCGAUAUUUUUCUGACUGCCAGGCGGCGCUUGUGGCGCUCCGUAAGGGCUCCCUGUCUUUCUGCCAUGUGCCUGGCCACUGUGGAUACUUUGGCAAUGAGGUUGUCGAUUUCGCUGCCAAGCUUGCUGCUAAAGGCAAUGCUGUAGGUGGCCUUGUGUGGCGUGAGUGGGCCGGUGCCGAGCCCCGCGACUGGUGGUGUGAUGGAGGUAAGCUCAUUGAGUGGUGUGGGGUCUGCCUCCGCGGUGCCCUUGGUGAUGCUUCUUUCCCGUCCUUGGGACCUUUGCGCCGUGUGCCACGUGACAACCUUGGGCUCACUCCAGCUGAACUCGUCGCGCCUUUCCGUCCUGUUUCCGCAGCGGCUGCCUUCGAUGUCCCGGCCGAUGAUAGCAACACCUGUGCUCUUGGCCUAUGCUUUGCUACAUACAAUGUUCUGUCUUUGAGCGGCAAGGCUUUUGCGGACGGCCUCAAUGCUGGUAUCGCGUUUGCUGCUGGGAGACCUGCGCUCCUCGCCUCCUGCCUGGAGCGUACAGGUGUGCACGCUGCUGCGAUCCAGGAGGCCCGUACGGAGCAAGGCUUUAUCAAAACCUCGGGCUUCCUGCGUUUUUCCUCUGGUGGCGACGCUGGUUGCCUGGGUGUUGAGCUGUGGUUCCGGGAUGGUUUCUCCCUUAUGCGUCGGGAUGGGGAUGGAUCCUGUGUCGGUGCUGCCUUUUGUAAGGAGGCUUUCCAAGUCUUGCACAAAGACAGUCGUCGGCUCAUCCUCCAUUUCCACCGCGGUCCGCUGCGUCUCUGCUUCGCCUCGCUACAUGCGCCGCACAGGGGCACGGAGCGCGACCAGUUGAGCCAGUGGUGGUCUGACACCCUUGACAUCCUUAAGCGUGCUGCUACGAGGGCACCGCUUGUCAUUGGUGGGGACUUCAACGCAUCGGUCGGCUCGCUUUGUUGCGAUCGUGUCGGCGACCAUGCGUCUGAGGAGCAAGAUGAUGCCAGCGCUUUCUUGCGUGAACUUGCCGAGGCCUGCGCCGUAUGGCUCCCGUCAACUUGGUCCGCUUGCCACACAGGAGAGUCCUGGACGUACAUCCAGAAGCGGAACCAUUUGCAUACGCGUGCAGACUUCGUUUGUCUCCCUGAUGCUUGGUACCAUGCCGGUGUGAAGUCUUGGACUGCCCCUGGCGUCCAUGUCGGCCAACCCUAUGUGGACCAUGUUGCUGCGGUUGCGCGUGUGCACGCCAGGGUCCGUUGUGGUUCUGGCACCCGGCCGCCGAGACUUGCUGGCAUUGAUGCGCGUGCCCUUGCUGACCCGCAGUACAGAGACAAGGUCGUCAGUAUCGUCGCGGGUGCGCCUGAGAUCCCCUGGGCUGUUUCAGCUGAUGCUCAUGCAGCCGCGCUGGUUGGCUACUUACAGGGUUCUCUGGCUGACACUUUCCCUCGGUGCACUGGAAAACCCCGGCAUGCCUACAUAACUGCAACCACCUGGGGCAUGCAUGCCACAGUAGCUGCCCUUCGAAAGCAGUGUGCGGCCCUACGCACGCGUGUCCGUCGUCACUGGCUCGCUGCUUCGUUCUCCACUUGGGCCUGCGCCGACCCUGAUAUCCUGCGACGCGCUGCAAAGUCGCCCUGGAUCCUCCGUGCAAUGCGAGUUGGUGAUCAGAAAGGAGCGGAACUGCGCUUUGCCUCAUCCCAGCUCAAGCAGGCUUGUAAGGAUGAUCGAGCCGCUUACCUUACAGCCUUGGCUGAUGAUGUCCAGGCGAACAAGCCAGAUGCCUACCAGGCCCUCAAUAGGCUCCUUGGUCUUCGUCAAAGACGGCCAUAUACUCCAGAUGUACUUCCAGAGAUCCUUGACUCCGAGGGCAAACCAUGCAGCACCGCUGAUGAAGCUACUGCCAGGUGGAGGUCCCACUUCGGGGCUAUGGAGGCCGGUGUGGAAGGCACACCUGAACUCUUGGCUUCUGUUGUUGCGGAAAGGGAGGGGCUGGUCUGGCCGCGUCCUGCCGACAUUACUAUGCUCCCUAGUCCAGGGGAUGUAUGUUGUGCGAUGUCUACCUUGAAAAACCGGAAGGCCAGUGGACCUGAUGGCAUCCCAGGAGAGUUCUUCCGUGCGCUGCCUUCCAGUGUUGUUCAGUUGGUGAUGCCUUUGAUCCUCAAGCUUGGCCUCUUGGGCGAAGAAGCAGUGGGUCUCAAAAGCGCACUGAUGACCUACCUCUACAAGCACAAGGGGGCCCGGAACAAGUGUGAGUCCUACAGGGCAAUCAUGCUGCUCCCGACACUUACAAAAGUCAUCCAUAAGGCUUUCAGGCCAGGUCUGUACGAGCAUGUGAUGGCGUGCGCGCCCCCUAUCCUUCUUGGGGGUAGACGGGGGGCUUCUGUUGUCUUUGGGAGCCACACAGUCCGCUCCUUCUGCAACUGGUGCUCACAGAACCGUAUGCCAGCGUGUGUGCUCUUCGCUGAUGUGGCGUCGGCCUACUACCAAUCUGUUCGUGACCUUACGGCCCGGCGCCAAGGGACACAGGCGGACUCCACACGCAUGCCUGUGCUCCCUGUCGAUUCUCCCGGCUAUGAGGGCCUUCUGGAGCGCUUGGCUGGGCGCAGUGCUUUUGCCCGUGGUGACGCCCCUGCUUGGCUGGAGUCUCUAGCUGCGGAGAUGCAUAGGGGUUCCUGGUUCUCUCUGCGAGGGGACCACGUCCCUGUCAUUACCCGUCGGGGGUCUAGGCCGGGUUCAGCUCUGGCGGAUUUAAUGUAUAGUGCUGGCAUUGAAUCCAUUGUCGCCAUGCGGGACUCUCUGCGCGCGGCGACGCCCAGGGCGGGCCCCGCUCCCUUGAUACAGUGGGACCUACGGAGGGAUCUUUCUGCUCUUGCUCCUCCCUGCGGUACCGUUCGGUUGUCCGAUGUCGUGUGGGCAGAUGACUUGGCAUCUUGCAUUGUGCUGGCAUCGGCACAUCAGGCAGCUGCCCAGACAGCUGUCGAGGCCUCGGUUCUGGACGAGGCGUUCGCCGUGCACGGAUAUACCCUGUCGUAUGGUGUCUCUAAGACAGCUGCUAUGGUGAUCCUCCAGGGUGAUGGGGCUCGAUCAGCUCGGCGUGCGCUCUUUCGUGGUAAAGGGGAGCUUGCCGUUCUCCGUGAGGAUGCAGGCCCUGUCUCGCUCCCGCUUGUAGCGGCCUAUAAACACUUAGGAGUUCUCAUUAGCGCUAACCGCUCCUUUUUGCCGGAGCUUCGUGCCCGCAGUUCCUCUGCUUGGUCUGCCUUUCGACAGGGGCGCCUUAAGGCUUACCGCUGCCGACGGAUCGCUGUUGCCAGGCGAGGGGCCUUGCUUUCGACUAUGGUAUUGCCUCGCUUGUUGUUUGGUGCUGGGGCGUGGCCCCGCCUUCGCAAGGGCGAAGAGGGUUUCUACCAUAGGUCGGUCUUUGCGUUGUUUCGCCAGACCCUCUGUGUGCCCCAUGGGGAAGACCAACACAUCUCGGGCGCGAUGGCAUGUGCCCUUUUGCAUUUGCCUGAUCCUGCGACGCUUCUUCGCGUCGAGCGCUUGCGGUAUUUGCGUCAGCUGGUUCAGUCUGCACCUGACGCGCUGUGGGCCCUGCUUAGGCAUGAUAGUGCAUACUUGGGCGAGCUUCGUGAGGCGAUGCGCUGGUUGUAUGCCCGCCUGCAUGAGACCAUUGGGCUUGCCGAUCCGCUCGAGAGCUGGGAACCAUGGGCGGAGGUAAUGUGCCGGGCACCAGGUAGGUUUCGAGGUUGGAUCAAGCGUGCUUCCGCCCUCGAGUCGUGCAGGCUUGCGGCCUACGCCUCACUUCAUGCAUGCCGGCGUUUCUUCGCAGCGUACAGUGAUGCGCUCCCGACGCCUGCGGGUGGCAUCCACUAUGAGGAGGCGUGUUUGCCGUGCCGUCUCGGGUUCGUCGACCGUGUCUCGUGGGCUUGCCAUGCCAGUCGCCUUCACGGGUAUCGUACCCGCGCUACUACCCUUACUGCUGGGACCACCCAGGCUUGGUGCAGUGGGUGUGGUCGCUUGUAUGCCAACAAUGCCCGGAUGCGUCGGCACGUCUUCAUGACGCCCACAUGCCAACAGAAAUGGGGGUCCUUCUCCCUCGAUGGGCCUGCUCCUUCUGCUGGCAUACACCCGCUGGCACCCCCUCUUCAGCUCCCAGGGGUUGGAGCAAACGCUGGUGGUUUUGAGCCGGACUUUGCAGCUGAGGGCACCCGGCUCUGCUUUCAGCCCUCUUGGAUCUCGAUGAUGCUGCCGAGACCCAUGUGUGGGCGUUAG